AUGUCCCACGCAGACCACACAAGAGACCCCUGUCCAUGGGUCAUUCUUAACGACUUUGGCGGUGCAUUCGCCAUGGGAGCAGUCGGCGGUACAAUCUGGCACGGCAUCAAAGGAGCCCGCAAUUCCCCCCGUGGCGAACGACUCCCCGGUUCCUUAUCAGCCAUCAAAGCCCGAGCACCAGUUCUGGGAGGAAACUUUGGUGUUUGGGGUGGAAUGUUCUCCUCAUUCGACUGCGCAGUAAAGGGGAUCAGGCAAAAAGAAGAUCCAUGGAAUGCCAUUAUUGCUGGAUUCAUGACUGGUGGUGGUUUGGCGAUCAGGAGUGGACCUAAGACGGCGAUCGGCUCGGGGAUCAUGUGCGGAAUCUUGUUGGGUGUGUUUGAAGGUGUGGGUGUAUUGAUGCAGAGAAUGAUGGCAGAGGGGAAUAAGCAGGUUGCUCCGAUCAUUCCGGACACACUGUCUGGUACGGCGCCUGCGCAGGGGGCGCUGCCAGCUUCGUCAUAG